GCCCCUCUCCCACCCCCACCCCGCCGGGUAAGAUGGCUGAGUCCGGCAGCGGCGAGUCCCCAGCCGUGCGGCGAAACAGCAUAGUUGCGAAGAGAUGUGCCCUGCGUCACACCUUCUCAGCCCCAGGGCACAGUGCCAGCCUCCUGCAGGGCCUGUCGGCACUCCGAGCCCAUGAGCAGCUCCUGGACGUGGUGCUAAUGGUGAAUGCGGUGAUAUUUCGGGUACACCGCGCAGUGUUGGCCGCCUGCAGUGACUAUUUCCGGGCGAUGUUCACAGGGGGAAUGCGGGAAAUGGGCCAGGAUGUCAUUGAGUUGAAAGGGGUGUCUGCCAGGGGUCUGAGACACAUCAUUGAUUUUGCAUACAGUGCUGAGGUGACAUUGGACCUUGACUGCGUACAAGAUGUGCUUGGAGCAGCUGUCUUCCUGCAGAUCACGCCUGUGGUUGAAUUGUGUGAGCAGUUCCUAAAGUCAGCCAUGAGCGUGGAGACUUGCCUCAACAUUGGCCAGAUGGCCACCACUUUCAGCCUCACCUCCCUGAAAGAGUCCGUGGAUGCCUUUACCUUUGCUCAUUUCUUACAAAUUGCAGAGGAGGAGGAUUUCCUGCACCUUCCCCUCGACCGCCUUGUCUUCUUCCUGAAAAGCAACAAGCUGAAGAACUGCAGUGAAGUAGACCUAUUCCGCGCUGCCAUCAGGUGGUUGCAGUACGAUGAGACGCGACAAGCUAAUGCCAGCCUGGUCCUCUGCCACAUCCGCUUCCCUUUGAUGAAGUCCACUGAGCUGGUGGAUAGCGUCCAGACACAAAACUUAAUGCUGGACGAUCCCAUGUGUCGUCAGUACUUGUUGGAAGCCUUUAACUACCAAAUUCUGCCAUUCCGACAGCAUGAGAUGCAGUGCAGUCGAACUAUGAUCCGCUCAGAUACCCUCUCCCUUGUUGCCUUCGGCGGCACUCCCUACACUGACAACAACAGGACAGUCAGCCGCAAAGUCUUUGUUCUUGCAGAUGGGAAUGCCCGUCAAUUCACAGAGUGGCCCGAGAUGGAGAUAGGCUGCAGCCACGCCUGUGUAGCUGUCUUGGACAAUUUUGUGUACGUGGUGGGAGGUCAGCACUUGCAGUACCGCAGCGGCGAAGGGGCAAUCAGCUGCUGUUUCCGCUAUGACCCACAUCUCAGUCAUUGGCUGCGCAUUUGUGCCAUGCAGGAGGCUCGCAUUCAGUUCCAGCUGGAUGUGCUGCAAGGGAUGCUGUUCGCCACUGGGGGGCGUAACCUUUCCGGGAGCCUCUCCACGGUAGAGUGUUAUUCCCCACGACGCAACGAAUGGACCAAUGUAUGUUGCUUGAAACGGAGGACAUGGGGACAUGCAGGCACAUCCAGUGGGGGCAAGCUCUACAUCUCUGGAGGGUAUGGUAUCACCAUUGAAGACAAGAAAUCUGUUCACUGUUAUAGUCCUGAAACAGAUCUCUGGGAACAAAAGACUUCAAUGAAUGAGCCGCGGGUGCUUCACUCAAUGGUUGGGGCAAAUGGGAGGAUCUAUGCUUUGGGUGGCCGGAUGGACCAUGUUGACCACUGCUUUGAUGUCCUGGCUGUUGAGUAUUACAUCCCUGAGAAUGACCAGUGGACCAGUGUCAGUCCAAUGAGGACAGGCCAGUCUGAAGCAGGUUGCUGUGUAUUACAUAGAAAGAUCUAUGUGGUGGGAGGUUAUAAUUGGCACUUAAACAACGUGACCAGUGUGGUGCAGGUUUAUAACAUUGGAACAGACGAGUGGGAGAGGGACCUGCAUUUCCCCGAAUCUUUAGCAGGGAUUGCCUGUGCUCCUGUUGUCUUUCCACAGCUUUCAGCACAGAGAUAGUGAUGGUAAUGCUCCUGGAUAGAUUAAGAAGCUGGAAUGGGGACUGGGAAGAGAGCCCGAUGGAUCUGUUGACAUCACCACACCUGUUUGUCCAAAAUUGUAAACAAUCAGUUCAAAGCCAGUUUUAUCCAGGAGUUUUCACUGAUCAGCCACCUAACCACUUUGCAACCAGAGCCUUUGAUUAAUUUUGGGGAUGAAAAGACAGCUGACUACUAAGUUGGCCUUCACUACUUUGUACCAUGCAUAGGCUCACCACUUCCACGGUGCUCCAUUCAUUGUAGUAAGUUCCCUUUUAGCUCCAAGAAGCCAUUGUAUCUGGAAGGAUUUAAAUGCAGCCUGUGAAUGAGCAGCCAAGCAAAUCAAACUGCAGCCCUUGUUGCCUUGUGUCUCACUGUAGCUUGCGUUGCCCAACGACUCUUGCAUGCCAACUCGUGUGGCUCUCCACCCCCCUCAGUCAAAUUGAUUUUUAAAUCACUGAAUGAUCAAGUUUUGAUACAAGUCUCUUUAAACCGCCUAAUGCAAAGAAAAGCAAAUGGGAAUUCUUCAGAAAUCUGGAACCCAUUCAUGGAAUUCUGCUGCAACUGGGACCAUUUUCCAUUAAUCAAUCAAACUGUGUGAAUAUGACAUCUGGAAAUAAAGUGUGGAAUCUAUGUUGA